UGAAGAACAUCCAAAGCCAUUAAAUAUAAAGGGAAACAACAUGACACAGUAAAUCACAUUACAACACAAGACCUGCACUCUUUUGUCCACCCACUACUCCUCCCAAUGCUCCUUCUCCUCCUCACCACUUGUCUCCAAUCAUCAACCAUUAUUAUACACUCUCUGUUGUAGCUACUCUUUUUUUCAUUUUCAUAGUGAUGAUGAUGGUGUUCAAGCUUAAGCUGGUGAUGAAGUCCAUUGAACAACAAACAAUACCGUUAGUGGUGUCUCCACCGGCUCCGGUAGCUCCGGAGACUAGUCACAGGUCAGUGGAGACACUGGUGGUGGUAUUGGCAGUAAUUACUAUUGUUGCAGUGCUGGCAGGAGUGCUUGCUCGGGUGUGUGGAGGAAGGCAUUUGGGAGAGAGUGAUGUUGAAGGGUGGGUGGAGAGUGUUUGCCGGAGCUGCAUUGAUGCUGGUGUUCCUCCGCCACCGGAGCAGACUGAGACUACAAAGGUGGUGGUGGAGGAGAAGAAGUGAUGUUGCUCUCUUGAGUUUUUUGUUUUUUAUUUUUAUUUUUUAUUUUCUCUUUUAAGUGAUCUUUCUAUGUACAUGCAUCAUCAUGUUUCUUAUUUUUAUUUGUUUUUUAUUUUAUUUUCAAUGGAUCAAUUUAAUUCAUCCAUUAUUAGAUAUG